AUCAGGACAGUGCACAGUCCUCACAGUUUCCAGCAACAAUGUUCACAUCAGUGAUUCUCGUGCUAUUGGUGAAUGUUGGCGUCUUCGUCAAUGGUCAAGCCGACUAUUGCGAUGUGGAAAGUUGUAAGCCAAAGGGACCACAUACAGUUUGCGAAUAUCCGUGGGAGGAGCCUUCAGAGGAUUGUGGUGAAGUUGAGCAAUUGGGGGUGACUGAGGAGGAAAAGAAAACCAUUAUCGACCGACACAAUCACUGGAGACGUUACGUUGCUGCUGGAAAAGAGACGAGGGGUAAUCCUGGACCUCAGCCUGCUGCCACUAACAUGGGAGAUCUGGAAUGGGAUGACGAGUUAGCUUACAUCGCUCAGAGAUGGGCUAAUCAGUGCGACGAUGAGCAUGAUUCCUGCCGUGACACAUAUUCUGAGUGGGUGGGACAAAAUCUCAACUGGGGCGCCUGGAGCGAUGGAUACCAUCCCAACGUAAUCAGAGACUUGAUCGACAAUUGGUACAAUGAAGUGGAGCACUUCAACGCUAACACCGUCUCCUCCCUCAAGCCGAAGCCCCCAGGAGUGAAGCUCUACCAUUACGUUCAAAUGGUCUGGGCCGAUACCAAACGAAUCGGCUGCGGUAUCUCCAAAUACACCAGGAAUAAGCCAACCCAAUACAAUCCCAAUAUGUGGCCUGAGCUGUUCCUGGUCUGCAACUACGGACCAACAGGAGUCAUCCAGGACUGGCCUCUAUACAAAACGGAAUCAUUCGAGGUCGUGGCGAAAUUCCUCAAAAUUUCGUCAUUGAAAAUUUCAUCUUUUAAGGAAAAUCAGGCUAAGUUGUUUAGCCUGACCAUGAGGAGAGCAUUGAGUCAAGUGGUAUUUUGGGGCUGGGCAGCCUUCGUCCUGGGACAGGAGCCGAAGUUCUGCGAUCUGCAAUCUUGCGGCAGUAACAAGCACACAUUAUGCGAGUUCCCCUCACCUAAUCCUGCCACUUCGUGUGAUGAACUGGGUGUUGUGGGGUUGACCCAGGACGAGAAGGAUGCCCUCCUCAAGGCACACAACGAUUACAGAGCUUAUGUUGCCAGCGGACAGGAGACCAGAGGCACCAAUGGUGGACAACCAGGUGCUACAAAUCUUGGACCUCUGCAAUGGGAUGACGAAAUAGCAGAAAUUGCCCAACGAUGGGCGAACCAAUGUCAUUUCGCCCACGACUCGUGCCGCAACACAGCUGACGAUUACGUUGGACAGAACAUAGCAUCUGUCGCCUGGAGUGAUAAAUUCCACUACGACAAUGUCGCUGACAUGGUGAACAGUUGGUACAACGAAGUGGACCAAGUGGACAGAAACAUCGUCUCAUCCUAUCAAUUUUCAGAAAACACUGGACACUACACCCAGCUCGUCUGGGCUGGUACCACCAGACUGGGCUGCGGAGUCACAAGAUACAAAAAACCUGAAGAAUGGUACAGUACCUACCUCGUGUGCAACUACGGCCCAGGAGGAAAUAUCAUCGGGGCGCCGAUCUAUCAGACAUCAUAAUUACCACCGAUUUUUUUCUGUGAUUAUAAUAAUCUGUAUCCGGCCCAAUGGGGCCCUCAUUGAUGUCAAUAAAUAAAUGUUCUUUACCAAUGCA